AUGGCGGCUAACCUGAGGAAACUGGUCUCCAACGAAUCUUUAAGAUCGAUGCAGGACCAGCUAGCGUCCUGGCUGAGGGAGUACAACACGAACUCAUGUGAUCAAAAUCUAAAUCAUUGCCUCGAACUCAUUGAACAAGUCGCCAAAGUGCAGGGACAACUCUUUGGGAUCUUCACUACAGCAGCCCAAGAAGGAGGACAUUAUGAUGGUGUGGAAACAAUCAAAUCGCGCCUUUUGCCUUGGCUGGAGGCCUUCUUUACUGCCGCUUCCCUAGGAAAACCUGUCGACAGCAAGGUCCCCUCUCUACAGGUCACGUUUGAUAAAGACGGACAUAAAGAGUUUGACGCUUGGGAUCGUGACAUACAACAAUUAGAUGGUGAUUUGAAUGCAACUCGUAAUCAACUCAACCAGGUUCAAGACAAUCUGUCUUUAGUUACUGAUUUCUCUUACACUAUGGCUGAAACUGAAAAGACUCUUGAAGAAACCAAGAACAGAUCGGCCAUAUCCCUUCUGACUGCGGAGGAAAUAAAUCAGCUAAGAAAGCAGCUUACAUCUGUUCAAGCCCAGGAGGAAUCUCGCCACAGACACUCAGAGCAUAGGAGCUCAGAGAAGCGGGGCUCCGAGCGUGGGAGAGAGGAACUGCGGGGCUCGGAGCCCCAGGGCUCGGAGCAGAUGGGCGCGGACAGGUGGAGCGUAGACCAGCGGAAGGCAGAAGCGAUAUGCGAUUAUGAGAAACAGCUCCGAACGCUGAAGGACAAGAUAGCUGUUCUGUCAGCUGAAAAAUCUGUACUCCAAGGAAGGUCCGCCAGGAGCCGGUCUCCGAGCCCUGAUCCUCGCAGCCAGGGCCGCAGCCGCAGACGGUCCACCAGCCCCUCCACCGCGGUCGCGAAGGUCAGGAGCCCGUCUCCGGGUCGCGCCAAACUGUCCAGCGCGGCGCGCAAGGCCGCCCUGCUGUCCCGGUUCACCGACACCUAUUCCGAGGCCCGCCUAGAUGCGCAGUGCCUGCUGCGGCGCUGCAUCGACAAAGCCGAGGCGGUGCAGCGGAUCAUCUACAUCGCGGCAGUGGAGGCGUUCCAUGUAGCUAAAGUGGCAUUCAGACACUUCAAGAUCUGUGUGAGGAAAUUGCUGGCACCGUCUUAUGCAGGGUCAAAUGACUUUGAGGAUGCUGUCUUGGAUUAUAUCAUUUGUCAUCUUGAUCUGUAUGAUUCCCAAAGCAGUGUUAAUGAUGUGAUCCGAGCCAUGAAUGUCAAUCCCAAGAUUUCAUUCCCUCCUGAAGUUGACUUUUGCCUCCUCAGUAACUUCAUCCAAGAGAUAUGUUGCAUUGCCUUUGCAAUGCAGACUUUAGACCCACCCCUCGAUAUUGCAUUUGGGGUCGAUGGAGAAAUUUUUAAUGAUUGCAAGUACCGUCGAAGCUAUGACUCCGAUUUCACAGCUCCCUUGGUCUUCUAUCACGUGUGGCCUGCUCUCAUGGAGAAUGGCUGUGUCAUUAUGAAGGGAGAAGCUGUCACCAGGAGAGGGGCUUUUAGGAAUUCAGUGCGAUCUCUAAGUCGGUGUCGAAGCAGGAGUUUAAGUCCCAUCUACCCUCGUAGCCAUAUUAGUUUAAGCACGAUAUCUCGAAGCCGGAGUCCUUCUCCAAUAAGGUGUGGAUUGCCAAGGUUUUAAAACCACCAGCCAUGUUCCUCUGCCCAGGACGUCUGAAACGGCCAACUUACCCAGUGCCUCCACC